UGGCCUAAUUGUCACAUCUACACAGGCUGGUCUUUGGAAAUGGUGUCAAUACAAAGUUUUGACAGAAUUAUCAUGUGUUAGUUUAACAAAAUUAGACAAUCGUUUUCGAGCAGCUCAAGCACUUUGUGUACUUGGUGCAUUAGUAAUAAAUCUACUUGCAAUUGCCAUUGGAAUUUUUUCAAAUUUAUCUAAUGAUAUCAGAUUAAAAAAUUGGAAAAUAAAGGCUGCAGUUGUAUUAUUAUAUUUAAUAGCAUCAUUAUUUACAAUAGUCGGGAUAUUAGAUUAUUUAAAACUAUUUCUAUCCAGGCAAAUUGAUAGUCAUUUUCAUUUAUCAAUUUCAAUUGGUUAUUCUUUCAUCUUUAUGGUAUGUGCAGCUUUUUUAACUGGUCUAUGUGCUGUUCUUUAUGGAAUUACAGUUGGAUAUAGUUUUGAAAAAAAGGAAAUAAAUCGUUUAGUCAGUGUUUCAAUGAUGGCUGCAGGUACAUUCGCGGUUAUCACAGCAUUUAUUAGUGUUAUAUCACCAAUAUGGUUAAAAUAUGUUAGUUCAACAACUGGCGAAGUUUCUACGGCUAGUUUAUGGGAAUAUUGUGUAAAAAAUGGAGCAACAGGAGAACGAAAAUGUUCAGAAAUCGUUGAUGUUAUGCUUAAUGGACAAAAAUUUCGUUCAGUACAACAUUUGGCUAUUGCAAGUUUAGUUAUCUUAGGUAUUAGUAAAUUUUAA